AUGCGUUCAAAAUUCCGCUCAAUUUAUGCGGAUCUCUAUGUGAAGGGCUCACAUCGAUCUCGAUAUGUCCCUCGAUUAGAUCGACCCUGGCGUCCUCGUGUUUUAGCGUGGGCAGGUCCUACUGCUUUCAAUCGAAACAGAUUCUAUGAAAUGGACCAUUGGUAUAAGGCCAGGAUCGAUAAGCCGGCUAUCAUUCCAAAGCUACACAUUAUCGAUCCAGAUAAGUAUUUGCACUCAUUAGAGGAACGACUGGGAAAUGUUGAGCAACCAAAAACCAAUAUUGGUUUUAAAGAGCGACAGAAAGAUGAUUUGAAGCAAGUUUUACCUAAAGAAGAUUUGGAAAAGUUAGCAAGGAAUUUGAAACUGCAGAUUGAUAUAAAGCAAUUAGAUCAUCGUUCGCUGGAUAUUUUCCAUCAUUAUGGUAUUUUCAAUGAUUUAUUUAAUGCGCCCGUCUUUUUCAACAUCGUACAACAGAUGACUCUAUCGUAUGGAGCGAAUGAAGUUUAUCACGGCAACGUUCUGUAUGCCGCUGAUACAAUGAGUGAACCGAGCGUAAUGAUUGAAUCAACUGGUAGCGGUUAUACGACAUUGUUAGCAUUGAAUAUUGAUGGUAAUCCAUAUUCAAAUGAACAGUUAUUACACUGGUUCGUUGCAAAUAUUAAAGAUGGUGAAACUAUUUCAACGGCUGAUCAGAUUGUACCUUAUUUGCAAGCUGUUCCAUUCAAAGGAACCGGCUUCCAUCGAUUCGUUUUCGUUCUUUUCCAUCAUCAGCAAUCGAUCGACUUCGGUGAUUAUCGACUUAAAAGUAUGCAACACUUCUACAAAAAGAACGAAACUUCAUUGACACCGUCUUCAAUCGCUUUCUCACAAGUUUUGUGGGAUCUUUCAGUCAAUAAAUUGUUUCACUCCUUAGGUAUGAAAGCGCCUAUAUAUGAAUACGAGUACCGACCACCGCUGAAAAUGAUGCAGAAAGAAUUUCCCAAUAAAGCACAACCGUUCGAUUUGUAUUUGGAUCAAUUUCGUGAUCCCACUGAAGUGGAAUCCGAGUUGCUGAAACGACGUUUACGUAUGAGCAGGAUUGCACAACGGCCACAACAACCCAAGUAUCCAGAUAUGAAUUAUUCUGAGAACAAAAAGAAAUUACCUGCGUGGCAACACGCACGACUGAUCAAAGAGAAUAGUGGAACUGGCAAAAAUUUUGCACUGUGGAAUAAUCCGAUCGAUUAA